AGGAGGUGUUUCACAGACUCUCUGAUUAUGAUGUUUUGUGUUGACUCAAUUAUGGUGCGGAACUCUCAUUUUCUAAUCGCCUGUUUUUGUAGAAAAGAGAAAAAGUGAGGAGUUGCGGGGUUUUUUUUGCCAUCUUAGUUCAAAGAAAUGAAAACAAUUUGACACUCUUGUUCUGCAGCGUUUAGUUUUUUUCAGAGUGUUAUUGUUAUUAGAUCAUUUUUUUUAAUAAUCGAUCGCUGACGCCGCCACCCUGAAGUUCAUUGUUAUUAUCUUGGCCGCCGGGAUGGUGGCCUUCAUCGGAGCGGUUAUCUGCAUCAUCGCAGCCGUUCACACCGGGUCCUCCAGGGCUACCUUGGCAGAACAGACACCAGCCACGGGCAACCACUCGCUGUAUCCGGGCGCGGAUACUGCGGCGGGAUCCGUGGCCCGGGCCGGAUCUUUGGGCGCUCUCCAUGGUUCUGAAACACCCGAUUCAGAAGCACCGACCUUCAACAUGGGGCUCAGCGGGCUGGACGGUGUCACCGGACUCACCGGGCAUGACCCAACGGUCAGUCGACUCAUUUGCACGCCGAUCCCAGCCGGGGAAUGCAACACGAAAAACUUUCAGCAACAAGCAGAAGACCCGUCGCUGUACGCGGGGGAAGACUGGGGCUACCUCCGCACCACCGCGGAGGAGCUCCGGCAGACCGUCCUGCAACAAAAGGACCAGAUACUGACAGACCAGCGGACCAUCAGGGACCUGACGGGGAAACUAUCCGAGUGUGAGAAGGGGCUGGACGGUGGCAGCAGCCACGCGGACAGACGCGGGAGCGCUGCGGGGUUGUGGGGGGGCAAAGACUCGGCAGAGGAGACGCACCUGGAGCGGAUCAUGGUGCGGGACAGCCCGGACUCGACGCCUGAGAAUGUCCACCUGCUCACCGUUAGGGCUGUGGACGAACUGGAGCAGGCUAUCACUCAGCUCAAAGACCGCAUAGAGAAACUGGAGUCAGACAUUGGCCCAUUUCCUCACAACCAAACGGACAGCAACACAUCAGGAGCACCAGAGGAAGGCGGGAUGUCUGGGGGUCCGGAAAGGUUGACCGAUCCCGGACACAAAGCUGGUGAUGACAGGCCCUGGAGGAUGGAAGACUUUGCGGGAGAGCUGGAGAGGAAGGUGGAGCUGCUGGAGAAAGAGAGAAAAACCCUGAGGCUGGAAACGGAGAAGCACAGGCAAGGAAUUGACCAUGGCAUCAAUAAACUACACCAUCGAAUCUCAGAACUGGAGGAAGGUGUCUCCGGGCAUUCCUUCCCAGAGGGCUACCGGUUGUCUUUCCCAACUCGGACAAACUACAUGUACGCUGUUGUGAAACCCUCCAUCCCAGCGCUGCGGGCCUUCACCGCCUGCCUGUGGCUGCGGCCCGCAGAGGGAGGAAUCGGGACACCUCUGUCUUACGCUGUUCCAGAGCAACCCAACGAACUGGUGCUGCUGCAAGGCCUGCACACCCCCACUGAGCUGCUCAUCAAUGACAAGGUGGCGCAGUUGCCUCUAAACCUCUCCCGAGGCAGCUGGCAGCACAUCUGUGUGAGCUGGAGCCAGAAGGGAGGAGCUUGGCAGGCCUACCAGGGGGGAAAGCUGAGGGGCGAGGGUCACGCACUGGCAGCCGGACAUCACAUCAGACCUGGAGGAGUGCUCAUACUGGGGCAAGAGCAGGAUUCCCUGGGUGGAGGUUUUGACUCAUCCCAGGCCCUGGUUGGAGAACUGUCCCAGGUGGGUCUUUGGGACCGAGUCCUGUCUUCCAGCCAGGUCGCCAGCUUGGCCCGCUGUGGCAAAGUAAGCCAGGGCAGUGUGGCCCCCUGGACCGAGAACGGAGUUGAGGUUCACGGAGGAGCAACCAAGGACCCGGGGGAGCCUUGUAGUAAACACAACAGGAAUUCUUGAUAUCCGAUUGGGGGAAGGGGAAGUAAAAGAAAGCAGGGCAAAGGGAGGGGUAAAAUUCUAGCUCUUUCAAGAAGGUAGGAUUCUGCCCAUUAUUAACACCGCUACAGGGUUUUCUAAACAACUCUAUAUGACAUGGACUGACAAGUACAUACAAAAACUGGAAAAUGAAUGGCAAUGUUAUGUAUCUAUAUGAGAUGAGUCAAGGCUUUACCAUUACUUCACCACUCUUCUAGCAACCACGGACGAUGCCAUCAUGGAGGUCCACUGGAAAAUUGAGCAAUACAAGAUGAGAUUCCCCAUAACUAUAGCUGUAGUAGGCUCACAUACUUAAAAGUAAAUUUGAUUCCAGCCACAUUAAACUGUAAUUCGUCCUCUGUGCUUUGUUUGCAAACCAGCUAGCAGUCAAACUAGUGAAAGCAAGUUAAAAUGUGAAUAAUAGCAAACAAUUUAACCUCCUGCUAGUUAACUAGUGGGCAAAUGUGUCAGAGCAAUACCACUCUCAUGUCUGCACAGUAAGUAUGAAGCUACCGUCAGCGGGCAGCUAACUUUACUUAGCAUAAAACUAAAAACAUGGGGGAAACGGCUAGCAAGACUCUGUCCAAAGUUAACAAAAUCCUGCAAGUAACAACUUACACUCAUAAUUAACAAAUUUACCCACAGCUUGUUUGUCUAAUCCAUACAACAAAUGUGUUUGUUUUUUACGGAUUACACAAAUAUAUAAUAUAGAUAUAAUAAGAUGCUAUUAUCAUAGAUAGAUUAUCCUUCCCGUCCAGAUUCAAUGCUACCACAUCUUUAAAUUACUAUUAGAAUUAAUCAAUUGGUGCCUUAUCCCGGUUUAAAUUUAGCUAACGGUAAAGACGGCUAAAAGCAAAGGGGGGCACCUGUAAUGCUAACGGAUGUGUAACGUUACAAAUGGCCACUGUUCUGACUCUGGUGCCUGGGUCUGUUCCCAGAAGGUUCAGUAAACUGUCUUUAGCGUCCUCAGCACCGGAUUUAAGUGCUGACCGGACAGCCUGGCUGCUAGCUGGCUGGGGGCUGUAAUGAUAGUGGAUGGUUGCUAGCUGGCUGGGGGCUGACUGUGGCUGUGUCCCCGGGCCGGGGCUGUAAUAAUAGUGGAUGGCUGCUAGCUGGUCCGGGGCUGACUGUGGAUGUCCCAGGUGCAGGGCUGCUGUCAACUCUCAUCCCUACUGAAGCUUUGCAGAGUCUGGAGAGUGAGCCAGUGUGAUACAAACCGAAUCCUAGGUUUCUACUAUUAUAUAAUUUUAUCUUGUUAAAAGAACAUCUGUAUAUCUGAUCUGAUAUACACGUUCUUUCAUAAGCUUUAGAGGUGCUGGUAGGCAAAAUGUGUUCUCUUUGGACAAAGCUAGGCUAGCUUUUAUCCACAUGUGACCAGUCUUUAUGCUAAGCUAAGUUAGCCAUCUGCUGGUAGUACUUGUAGCUAUUAUGUACAUUAUGCAUGUGUCAAUCGUCUUGUCAAAUUCUCAGCAACAAAGCUAACAAGUGUAUUUGCCAAAAUGUUGAACUUGUCUUUUCUGAUCAGAUUAGUGGAGAUGUUGUCAUUUAACAGUUAAAACUGGGCAGAAAUAACCCCAGCCUAUUUCUUCUGUUGAGACAGCUGAGCAGGGAGAAAUGCAGUGAGUUGUUCACAGCUGCUGUAGACCUGACCUCCACUACGGCUGCUGGAAUUUGUGUAAAGCCAGCUGAAAUCCCUCCACGAGUGAAGCCAGGUUGGAGUAGAGUUAUUUCUGUGGUUAGGUCUGCGACAGCUUUAGAGUCAGGAGUCAAGGUAAGGUGAGUUGGAAAAGAAAAAAAAAGUGUUGGACAAUGUUGGGGGAAUGUUAAUUAGUAGAUGGCAGUAAGGGGUAGAUGAUGAAAGAAGAAGUAAAAAGAAAAAAAAUAGAUAGAUUGGGCACUUUUAAGGAGUGAUGCUACAUUGUUUUCACCUCUGCAUGAUGUAUUCAUACACCUGUCAUGUCUUGCCGCUGCGCUGCACUGUGCAGGUCACACGCUGCCUCCUGCAUCCACCGCUGGUAUAGAUGGCUUUGAUUGUCUUUGUAUUUGUCUAUUAAGGCCUGAGAAUCUCGAAAGACUGAACAAAUCCAAAAUAAGGCUUAUUAACAUAAGGAAAUCACCACCACAAGCAGAAUCUUACUCCUUUUUUGGGGGCAUUUUACACAUUUUAUAAAAAGCCUUGUCCUAUUUAUGUCAUUCUGUGCAAAUAUAGAAGGUUCAAAGUAUGUGCUCCGAUCAAGGAAACGUGUCUCAGAUGACAUCUUUUGGCUCCAUCUUGUAGGACACUUUAUGUUCUUUAAAUUCGUGGUCUUGGAUGCAACCUUCAAACACACAUAACAUUUUUUAUUUUUAAAUAUAAACAAUGUCAUUUUUACAUUUUGAGAUAUUGACUGUUUCUUCUUUGCAAUUUUAUACAUGCAACCACUCAGUCGUGUGGUUUGAUAAUUGUACAACCUGCAACCUCCAACUCUUCCUUCCUUCCUACAUUCCAUGCAUGAGUCGUACUGUAUGUUUGUUACAAGCGUCAGUUCAUCCGCUAUAUGUUUCUGAAGAUCCAUCUUUGAUCACGUUUGUACUCCGAAAACAUUUUAAUGAUUAUUUCCCACUGUUUGUGUGAGGCGUGAUGUUAGACACAGACUGUUCAUUUCACACUUUCUAAAACACUGGCUCCCUAACAUAAAAAAACUGAUCCUUAGUGGAAAGUGCCUGUCAGGGUGUUUACCCAUGUAAAGAAAAUCACCUAAUUUAUUAUCCUGAAGGAAAAGAAAUUCACACUGCGAGAUAUUUUUGAACUAAUCGCGCAUCAGUGUUUCAGAGAACUCCCUUAUGGAUUUUUUAAGAUUGAAGAGGUUUGAUGAAAAACUUUGAAACUACAGUGCCGCCAAACGGAUGCAAAAUUGGGUCAAAAUCAUCUUGCUGUGUCUAAUAGUGUCUUUGAUGAUGCCCUUUCAGUCUGCAGCGUUAUUUAAAAUAUUAUGCCUGUCUGUUCAGCUGAUGUCCAAGCUUUUUUUUGGGGGGGGCUUUUUGAUGUGGUGUGGCAUUAUUCUGUUUACAUUUACUGGAAUUAAAAGCUUUUAAACUCCA